AUGGCGCAGAUACUCCCCAUCCGCUUUCAGGAGCACUUCCAGCUCCAAAACCUGGGAAUCAAUCCUGCCAACAUUGGAUUUAGCACACUGACCAUGGAGUCUGACAAGUUCAUCUGUAUCCGAGACAAAGUUGGGGAGCAGGCCCAGGUGGUGAUAAUCGACAUGCAGGACCCAACGGCGCUGAUCCGACGGCCCAUCUCUGCGGACAGUGCCAUCAUGAACCCAGCCUCCAAGGUGAUUGCUCUGAAAGCUGAGAAGACACUUCAGAUUAUCAAUAUUGAGAUGAAGAGUAAGAUGAAGGCUCACACCAUGACAGAAAAGGUGGUUUUCUGGAAAUGGAUCUCGGUGAACACGGUCGCCUUAGUGACUGAGACCGCGGUCUACCACUGGAGCAUGGAAGGUGACUGCCAGCCCACCAAGAUGUUUGACAGGCACGCCAGCCUGGCAGGGUGCCAGGUGAUCCACUACCGCACCGACACGCAUCAGAAGUGGCUGCUGCUCGUCGGUAUCUCGGCCCAGCAAAACCGUGUGAUUGGGGCAAUGCAGCUCUAUUCUGUGGACAGGAAGGUUUCUCAGCCCAUAGAAGGCCACGCCGCUGCUUUUGCAGAGUUCAAGAUGGAGGGCAAUGCCAAGCCCGCUACCUUGUUCUGCUUUGCUGUUCGCAGCCCUGCAGGAGGCAAGUUGCAUAUAAUUGAAGUGGGACAGCCAGCGGCAGGAAACCAGCCUUUUGUCAAGAAAGCCGUGGACGUGUUCUUCCCUCCUGAAGCCCAGACUGAUUUCCCGGUGGCUAUGCAGAUUGGAGCCAAACAUGGUGUUAUCUACCUGAUUACAAAGUCUGGUUAUCUUCACAUGUAUGACUUGGAGUCUGGCGCGUGCAUCUACAUGAACCGCAUCAGUGCCGACACCAUCUUUGUCACUGCUCCUCAUGAGCCGACCUCUGGAAUCAUCGGUGUCAAUAAAAAGGGACAGGUGCUGUCAGUAUGUGUGGAGGAAGAGAACAUCGUGAAUUAUGCCACCAGUGUGCUACAGAAUCCAGACCUGGGUCUGCGUCUGGCAGUCCGCAAUAACCUGGCGGGGGCAGAGGACCUGUUUAUGAGAAAGUUCAGCGCCCUCUUUGCUCAGGGAAACUAUACCGAAGCCGCCCGAGUUGCAGCGACUGCACCAAAGGGAAUUCUGCGGACCAAUGACACGAUCAGCAAGUUCCGGAGUAUUCCCACCCAACCUGGGCAGCCCUCUCCUCUGUUCCAGUAUUUUGGCGUCCUACUUGACCAUGGUCAGCUCAACAAGCUGGAAUCCUUAGAAAUCUGCCAUCCAGUUCUUCAGCAAGGACGCAAGCAUCUCUUGGAGAAGUGGCUGAAAGAAGAUAAGUUGGAGUGUUCAGAAGAGCUUGGGGAUUUGGUCAAAACCACUGAUGCCACACUUGCUCUAAGUGUGUACCUUCGGGCCAGCGUGCCAAGCAAAGUUGUCCAGUGCUUUGCAGAAACAGGCCAGUUCCAGAAAAUUGUACUCUAUGCCAAAAAGGUCGGAUACAGCCCAGACUGGGUAUUUUUGCUGAGGAGUGUGAUGAGGGUCAGCCCAGAGCAGGGGCAACAGUUUUCCCAUAUGCUUGUACAGGACAUGGAGCCAUUGGUCAACGUGAACCAGAUUGUGGACAUUUUCAUGGAGAACAGUUUAAUUCAGCAGUGUACUUCCUUCUUGUUGGAUGUCUUGAAGAACAAUCACCCGGCCGAGGGGCAUCUGCAGACUCGGCUGUUGGAGAUGAACCUGGUUCAUGCACCCCAGGUUGCAGAUGCCAUCCUUGGAAAUCAGAUGUUUUCACAUUACGAUCGGGCCCACAUCGGCCAGCUCUGUGAGAAGGCGGGCCUCCUGCAGCGGGCGCUGGAGCACUACACCGACCUCUAUGACAUCAAGAGGGCUGUGGUCCACACUCACCUCCUCAAUCCUGAGUGGCUUAUCAACUUCUUCGGCUCCUUGUCUGUGGAGGAUUCCUUGGAGUGUCUGCGGACUAUGCUGUCUGCAAACAUCAGGCAGAACCUGCAGCUGUGCGUGCAGGUGGCCUCCAAGUACCACGAGCAGCUGGGCGCGCAGGCCCUAGUGGAACUUUUUGAAUCCUUCAAGAGCUAUGAAGGCCUCUUCUACUUCCUGGGCUCCAUCGUGAACUUCAGCCAAGACCCAGACGUGCACCUCAAGUACAUCCAGGCCGCCUGUAAGACAGGGCAGAUCAAGGAGGUGGAGAGGAUCUGCCGAGAGAGCAGCUGCUACAACCCGGAGCGGGUGAAGAACUUCCUGAAGGAGGCCAAGCUGGCAGACCAGCUUCCCCUCAUCAUCGUGUGUGAUCGCUUUGACUUUGUCCAUGACCUGGUCCUCUACUUGUACCGCAACAACCUGCAGAAGUACAUAGAGAUCUACGUUCAGAAGGUCAAUCCUAGCCGGAUCCCAGCUGUGGUUGGAGGGCUGCUUGAUGUGGACUGUUCUGAGGACGUAAUUAAGAACUUAAUCAUGGUAGUGAGAGGACAGUUCUCUACUGAUGAGCUGGUGGCUGAAGUAGAAAAGAGAAACAGGCUCAAGUUGCUGCUUCCAUGGCUGGAGUCUCGGCUCCAGGAGGGAUGUGAGGAGCCCGCCACUCACAAUGCUCUGGCCAAAAUCUACAUCGACAGCAACAACAACCCGGAGUGCUUCCUGCGAGAAAAUGCCUACUACGACAGCAGUGUGGUGGGCCGCUACUGCGAGAAGCGUGACCCCCACCUGGCCUGCGUGGCUUACGAACGCGGGCAGUGUAGCCUUGAAUUCAUCAAGGUUUGCAACGAGAAUUCUCUAUUCAAAAGCGAGGCUCGCUACCUGGUGCGUAGGAAAGAUCCAGAGCUCUGGGGUCAUGUUCUGGAAGAGACCAACCCAUCCCGGAGACAGCUGAUUGACCAGGUGGUACAAACAGCAUUGUCAGACACACAGGAUCCCGAAGAGCUGUCAGUCACCGUCAAAGCCUUUAUGACAGCUGACCUGCCCCACGAGCUGAUUGAGCUGCUGGAGAAGAUUGUUCUGGACAACUCCAUCUUCAGCGAGCACAGGAACCUCCAGAACCUGUUGAUUCUGACGGCCAUCAAGGUGGACCACACACGGGUCAUGGAUUACAUCAGCCGCCUGGACAACUACGAUGCUCCUGACAUCGCCAGCAUUGCCAUCAGCAGCGCGCUCUACGAGGAGGCCUUUGCCAUCUUCCGCAAGUUCGAUGUAAACGCCUCUGCCAUCCAGGUCCUGAUUGAGCACAUUGGAAACCUGGACCGAGCCUAUGAGUUUGCAGAGAAGUGCAAUGAGCCUGCUGUGUGGAGUCAGCUGGCCCGGGCCCAGCUCCAGAAAGACCUGGUGAAGGAAGCCAUUGACUCCUUUAUCAGAGCUGAGGACCCUUCUUCCCAUCUGGAUGUUGUCCAGGCAGCCAGCAGGAGCUGCAACUGGGAAGAUCUAGUUAAAUUCCUGCAGAUGGCGAGGAAAAAGAGCCACGAGUCCUACAUAGAAACUGAACUCAUUUUUGCCUUAGCUAAAACCAGCCGUCUCUCUGAGUUAGAGGAAUGUAUUAGUGGACCCAACAAUGCCAACAUCCAGCAGGUUGGAGACCGCUGUUAUGAGGAGGGGAUGUAUGAGGCUGCCAAGCUGUUGUACAGCAGCAUCUCUAAUUUUGCACGCCUGGCUUCUACCUUGGUCCGCCUUGGUGAAUAUCAGGCAGCAGUGGACAGCAGCCGCAAGGCCAACAGCACUGGAACAUGGAAAGAGGUGUGCUUCGCCUGUGUAGAUGGCCAGGAGUUCCGCCUGGCACAGCUGUGUGGCCUGCACAUCGUCAUCCAUGCAGAUGAGCUGGAGGACCUGAUUCGCUGUUACCAGGAUCGCGGCUACUUUGAGGAGCUCAUCUUCCUGCUGGAGGCAGCUCUGGGCCUGGAGCGGGCCCACAUGGGCAUGUUCACAGAGCUGGCCAUCCUCUACUCCAAAUUCAAGCCGCAGAAGAUGCCAGAGCACCUGGAGCUCUUCUGGUCGCGUGUCAACAUGCCAAAGGUAUCCCACACCUCUUCCCAGAUCCCAGCUGCUGAGGGGGACCCUGGCUCAGUCAGCCUGAGCUCGCCUGUGACCUCCCCACAGGUGCUGAGGGCUGCAGAGCAGGCACACCUGUGGGCAGAGCUGGUGUUCCUAUAUGACAAGUACGAAGAGUAUGACAACGCCGUCCUCACUGUGAUCAGCCAUCCCACCGAGGCCUGGAAAGAAGGUCAGUUCAAGGACAUCAUUGCCAAGGUCGCCAACGUGGAGCUGUACUACAAAGCCCUGCAGUUCUAUCUGGAUUACAAGCCCCUGCUCAUCAAUGACCUGCUGCUGGUGCUGUCACCCCGGAUGGACCACACGCGCACCGUGGGCUUCUUCUCCAAGGUGGGCCAUUUGCCCCUGGUGAAGCCAUAUCUGCAGUCGGUCCAGAGCCACAACAACAAGAGUGUGAACGAAGCGCUCAACCACCUGCUGACAGAAGAGGAGGACUACCAGGGCCUGCGGGCGUCCAUAGAUGCCUAUGACAACUUUGACAACAUCGGCCUGGCUCAGCGGCUGGAGAAGCACCAGCUGAUUGAGUUCCGGCGCAUCGCAGCCUAUCUGUAUAAGGGCAGCAACCGCUGGGUCCAGAGCGUCGAGCUCUGCAAGAAGGACCAUCUGUACAAGGAUGCCAUCCAGUACGCUGCCGAGUCACGUGACACUGAGCUGGCCACGAAGCUGCUACAGUGGUUCCUGGAGGAGGGCAAGCGGGAAUGCUUCGCAGCCUCCCUCUUCACCUGCUAUGACCUGCUGCACCCCGAUGUGGUGCUUGAGCUGGCCUGGAGGCACAACUUCAUGGACUUGGCCAUGCCCUACUUCAUCCAGGUGGUGAGGGAGUACGUGAGCAAGAUGGACAGAUUGGAUGCCCGGGUCAGUCUGUGCAAGCAAGAAGAAUACAUGGUGGAGCCCGCCCCACUCGUCUUGGGCAGGGGCGGGGCAGGGGAAGAGGCUGCUGGCUGCCAGGCAUUGGAAGGCCAGCCGCUGCUGCUGACCACAGGCCCUGGCCCUGCCAGCUUCUCCCGUGGAUUCGCGACCUUCGCCUUCUUUCAGCCUCCCACAUUUGACUAG